AUGACGUCCACCAUCGGCAUCCCCAUCAAGCUCCUGAACGAGGCUCAGGGCCAUAUCGUCACGCUCGAGAUCACGUCGGGGCAAACGUACCGCGGCCGCCUGCUGGAAGCCGAGGACAACAUGAACGUCCAGCUCAAGGACAUCACGGUCACCGCGCGGGACGGCCGCGUUAGCCAUCUGGAACAGGUGUACAUCCGCGGAAGCCACGUACGGUUCUUCAUCGUGCCCGACAUGCUGCGGAAUGCGCCCAUGUUCCGCAGCCGAAACGUGCGGGGACGCGGUGUCGGCCUGGCUCGUGGACGGGCUACAGUCAGCCGUGCACGAGCAGGAGGCCGUGGCGGACGGCCAUGA